UGUCCAUGGGAAUUAUGGGGAGUCAGUUGAUGGUUGAUGUUGAUCUCAGGAUUUAGGUGUUGUGAUAUUUCAUGGAUUAAUCAAAACUAAAGUCCAAUUUUCUUUCCAAUUCCAUUCUUAAAAUGUAUGCAGUUUUAUUUUCUUCCUUAAUAUGUUUUGUUCUGUAGAAGUUCUCACAGAAAUAUUUUUGUUUUCGUGAUUGCUCUCAUCUUUUAAUUGAUAAGGAGCAAAAAACUAGGCUCUCUGUUGCUAAUUGUUUCAAUGGUUUCUGGAAAUGGUGUGUAAAGAAGACGUUGUGACAUGGUUUAAAGGGUUAAAAAGCUACCAACGAGCCGAUGUGAUGUGUACUUUGCUUAAUAUGUGUUUGCCAUUCGAACUGCGAUUUCUUGGCACAUGUCUGGAGAACCUCGGAAAACGAGAUUUCCAUAAUCUUAGAAAGACUGAAAGUGAAGCAAAUAAUUUAGCUGUAGGUAUAGAGGACCAGUGUAUCAGUGAUAAGAGAGUAAGAACUACUUUGGCAUUGUAUAUUUCGUUACUCCAUUCGUGUAAUUAUCGGUGUUCCAAUAGUCUAUUUAAAAUAUUAAGCAAUUGGGAUGGUAUUAAUGCCUUGUUGAAUUCUUCUACGCUUUUAUCUCCGGAUGAUACUACAUUAGAAGAACUUUUAUUAUUAUAUACACUAGCCUUAAAUCAUCCUGCCUUUACGGUUGAACAAAAACUAUAUUUAGGUGAAAUCAUGUCAAAACUACAAGAAGAGGUCAACAAAAGAGGUCUAUUUUUUCAAACUGAAUCACAAAACUCUACAGGACUCGGUUUAAUAAAUGAUAAAAUUGUGCCAACUCAGAUGAACUCCGCCUCUCCUGACAAACAGCUUACGGUCUCAAAUACUAGUCACAUUAGUCCUAUUAACCCACCAACCAGCUUUAUUACAGGUGAACCGGUGCUAAACCUUCAUGACCAGUUGAACGCGUGUGGUUACCAGAUGCGCCUGCAGCCGGGCAUGCUGCCAUGCUGGCCGGCAAUGGCGAUGAUGGUGCCUCCCCCUCCCCCUGCCUGCCAACCAGAGCCCCCCUCCACGCCGUCGCCGCUCGUCAGUCGAACCUCGUCGCCCUGCCAGUCCAGGCCCGGAUCACCCGGCAAACCCAAGAAUGUAGUCAUUAAUACCUUCAAUAGACCGCCACCCGAUCCUCCCACCAACGACCUGCCAAACUACUUGUCCAGUCUAGCAAGUUGUACUGUGGACCAGGUCGAAAAAAUGACUGACGAAGAACUGCGAGAGUUGAAGCUUCCAAAUGGAGCUUUAUCUCAGCUUCGAAGUAUAGUCAAUAAAGUUCAUAACACGAAUGGAUUAGCUAAUAUUUCAGAAGCAACAGUAAAAAAGAAAAGGGAGACUAAUGAGCCGGAGGUGGGAGUUAUGAGGCCGCCGAUGCUAGGAGCUAUGCGACCGGGCCUUGCCGCACCCACCGCCCCCGCUGUUCCGCCCCACCUGAUGUGCCUAGAGCAGAUGCGCUUGCUGCGAGUGCAGGACUCGAGUGCCUCAGCCAGCGACUCGGCCUCCGCCUCCGAUCACUCGCCGCCUGACACGCCCAACCUCGCGCCGCCUCCGCCCCCGCCACCGCUCCCGCCUCCGCCACCGCCCCAUCGCAAUGCGCUAAUGAAAGAAGGAGAAACGUGGUGUGGUGUGGACGCUGAGCUGAGGGAGGACGCUGACCUGAGGCGGCAUGGCGGCGCAGUUGAGACGGCGCAUGGCGGACGCACGCGCAACAUCGGCAGGAGUCGACAUCCCGAUCGGCCGCCUGGCAUCCACACUGUGCCCAGGGGCAGAGGCGCCAAUCCGCAUCACAGACGAAGAGAAAUGGGCCAGAACUUGGUGAUGAACGGUGGUGGUGUUGCUAGUGGGGUGGCGGUGGGAGGAGGAUACUCGCCGUCGCCGGCCUAUGCGGCCAUGCCACCCCAGGCAACGCACUUCCUUCGCGCCGCAGCCUACCACCCGGCCUUCCCCCCCAGCGGGCCAUCCUUCGUGCGACCCUCGUUCCCCUUCCACCCCAGCCAAGGCGAAAUGGUCUUCCAGUACGCCCCGCCCUUCCUCCAUCCGGGCCCUGCCCCUGCCGCCCCCAACCCAGCUGGGCCCCAGCUCACAUUCGCCAUGGCACCUCCCAAGAUAUCCUGCUACAACUGCGGCAGUCAGAGUCAUUUACCCAACGAAUGCCAAGAGGCUACCAUCGAGGAAAUGUCCAAACAAGGACAAUACCGGAUAGAUUAUACGCCAUAUCAGAAGUCGGGUGAGUGUUCAUCGAGUAGUAGUGAUAAGUGACCCAUUUGCCUCUUCAAUAUAACUCAUGUCAUUUAAUUUUUCCAUGUGCCAAUAAUAAUUAUAUCAUUAUUAUGAUCACAACUGACUUUUAAGCCUGUUCAAUAGCGUUAUCAUUUAUAAUAAUUUUCUUCUAUCUCGCCCAUGUUAUGAGCUAAGUAUAGAGUUAUUUCCCAUUAUAAUGUACAAAAUACUUCUUAUACUUUCAGGUUCCUAUACAACAAUUUUGUUAUGAUAUUGAUCAUUGAAAUAUUUGAAUACUUGAAAAUUUGAUUGUUCGAAUUGAAAUUCUUGUAGAUUUUUUAUCGCUGUUUCAAGCUACUGGAUUAAAAAACGUUUUAUAUCGAGUUCUCUUGAAUUAUGCAAAAUUUGAAAUGAUCAAUGAACCUUGUAUAAAGUGUUGCUUAUAAUCUUCCCGUAGUGGAAUAAUGAUGAAAAUAUUAUCAAACUGAAUAUUUCAAAUUUGGUCAUUCAUGUGACAACUUAAAUUUCCAAUUAUAUGCAUGAGAAGUAAAUUUUACCGAUCGUUAAGUCUUGAAUCUUUGUCCACUUAUAAUAAAUAAUUUCAAUAUUACAUAUUAGAAACAAUUAUUAUAGAACUGUUUACAGAAAUAAACGAAGUUAGGACAGUAGCUACUGUCUCACUCAAGCUUCGAGAUUGUCAAAAUUUGAUUAUUUAAGCAUAAUUUCCUGUAAAAGAGUAAGAAACGUCACUAUCAUGAUUAUAGAUCAAUUCCUUUCAAGUGAGUUUUCAGAGAAAACAAAUGUUUACACUUUUAUUUUUUAAAAAAAAUCAAGAAUUUGACUAAUAUUCUGAUUUUAAUCAAUAUUCAUGAUUUCCAACAGAAUUUAAUUAUUAUAGAUGAUAUUCAUGUUUAUGAUUAAAUUUUAUUUUAUUUCUCUUUUUUAAAUAGAAAAAUAUUUGAACAACUUUUCCAAGUAUAGCUUGAAAGUAAAUUUUGAAAUACUUUAUUGACAUUAGCUGAAUUCGGUUUAUUAUAUAAAUGAAAAAUUUAGAAUAUAAUAAUUUAUUCUUGUUUGUUAUAAAUGUUCCUGUAUAUUAUGUUUUAUCUGUAGAUCCUUCAAGUAUAUAGCUCACUGGAGCAAAAAUAGUCUUUCAUUAAUGAUUGAUCCAUUAAUCGUGAUUUUGUGUGAAUUGUUUACCAGUUAGUAUUCUAGAAAAACUUUUACUAUUAUUGUAGCUGAGAGUUUUUCACUCAUACUCAUUCACCUUCUUUUUUUAUAAUUUCAUCACGUUUACGUGAUAGUUAUUUAUAUAUCAAAAAUUAAUUUUAUUUUCAAGUUAAUUCUGUGAUGAAUAAUGAACUAUUUAUAGAAUAAAUUUGGACUUUAGUAAGAAUUUAACAAAAAAAACAAUCAAUCUAUUUGAUGAUAGUUGUUGAUGUGAUACGAAUAUGUUUUUAUCUUUUUAAUGCUGCUCAUUACUUGCUGAAUGUUUUCUAGGAAUGCCGGUCUCUAUUAAUCUAAACAAUUAAUCAAUCGCUGAAUGAAACAGCAGAAUAAAAGUAAAGUAAGUUUCUUACAAUUGAAACGAGACUGUCGACAUAAUUUAAUUAUUGUUGGCUGCUUUAGAUACUAAAAAUUUCCAACUGUUGUUGGAAAGAAAAUUAUACUUUGGCUGAGUCCAGCUUAGAUAAGCAAAUUGAAAUGACAUCACCAGCUGCACUGCAGCUGCUCCACUCUAGUUCAAAUUUAAUUUUGUUCCUCAUUGCUAAAGAUGCACUUGAAGCCUCACUAAAGUUACCGUCAAACAGUUUCUCCUGAAUAAAAUAUUUUUGUAUUUUUAUUACAAAUUUUUGAACAGAUACUACUACUGUGUCUCUUUAAAAAAACUCUUAAAUUCAAUCUUUAUAUGAAAAUCAAAGUUGUUUUUACUUUUUUGUUUCAAUUUGAACAUUUAAGGCUUUAGAUCCAUCCAAAUGCUUUACAAUAUCACUCCAUACUGACGAGGAAUACUGAUUUCAAGUCUCCAUAUAAGUUACUUAGGAAAUGACAAUUUAAGUUUUAACAAUACAAGUCGUAAUUUCUGAAAAAAAAUUGCUAGCAAUAAAGUGCUUGAUGAGCCAUUGUAGAUAUUAAUUUAUCAUUGAAAUCUAUAUCUAUAACUAGUAUUGAAAAAAUUAUCCAAUUUUCAAAUUAAAAUGCGAUAAACAUAUUAUUUUGCACCUGAUUUCUUGAUAUAGGAUGUCUCUAAAAAAUCACUCAGCUUUAACUUCCUAUAAUGUAGAAAAACAAGUGUAACUAGGUAAUCGAAACAGCAAUAAUAGAUGUAGCGAAGCUGGCCUAUUCAAGGGAAGACAUUUAUGGCAAAUUUCGGUAAACUUCAAUAUUUUCCAACCAAUUUCAAUCAAAUGAAAUGAAGGAAUAGUAUGCAAUUUGUUGGUUUUAAAUCCUUUCACCUUUAAAUAAAUUUAUGUCAUUUAUAUUUGUUUAUUCAUAAAUUGAUAAAUACAAUAUCAUUCUCAACUAUUAAUGAUUGAGAAAGUAACAACAGGCGUAAGCCCAAAAUUGUUAUUUUCUCAAAUUUGGAUAGAAAUCGUCAAAAAUAGGUCAUUUUUAUCAAGUUUUGUCCAAUUUUGAGUCCAAAAUAUUUGUAAACAAGAAAUUUAGAUAAGUUGAAAAUCAAAAUUAAUAAAAAUAUAUCUCUAAACCAUCACUGAUUACUGGAAAAUGCUGUAUUAAUUAUUGAACAUUUUAAAACUUGAAAAGAAACUCAGAUUUACUUCUAAAAUGUAUUGAAAUGUUUAAUAUUAUUACUUCUAAAUAUUAAAAAGUAUAAUUUUAGCAGACGCCUGCUCACAUUAAUUUGUGUGUUAAGGGGCCUCAAUUGCUGUCCUCAUUUCACAAAAAUAUUCUCUUGAAUACUUAACUGUCGUCGUUUAAUUGGAUCAAUCUAUUGUAAUUAUUAAGCUUGUAAUUUUUAAGCUUUGUCAUUUCCAAAGAAGGCUUUAAGUCAUUCUUUUAUUAUUUAUCACCUUAUUUAUUUUGAUUGCAAGGUUUAUUUUAUUUUUAAUUUUAAGUAAUAUUCUUUUCAAGAGCUCGAAAACAGAAUAUUCUUCAUAAAUGAUGUGUAAAAUUAAUUUCUUCUUGUUACUAUCAUAAAAAAUUUAUAAGAAAACCAAUAUGGCUUCUAUAUCAUGUUAUUAUUUCGAAUGUUUAGCUGAGAUUAGGCUGCUAAAACGUGACUGCUAAUAUUAAAAAUCGACCUCAGGUAUGGUCGACUUCAAAUAAAUAAUAAACAUCCAUAUCACACUGGACAUGGCUUCUUAUGACAGUUGCGAUUGAUUGCGAUUGAUAUGACGUGUUAUUUGCAUCACAAAAAUUGUACGAGUGAUGAAAAUGUUGUGACCUAUAUAAACUUUGGGCUUUCACAUAAGAAUGUAUAGAAACACUUAAAUCUAGUAAAUUGUUUUGGUUUCUGUAAAAUUUAUUCAAUUGGAUAUCAUAUAGUUUCAACGAAAACCUUUUUGGUAUUACAGUAGUUGGAUAUCAUAGCAUCAAGCAUUUUGAAAUACUCAAACACAAAUUUAGUUCAUUCAAAGUAUAAGACAUUGCUUUUUAAAUUUAACGAUUGUUAACGAUUAGAUGUGAAAGUAAUUAAUUGUAUACUAUAUUCAUCAAUCGAAAACAAUAUAUUCACCAGAAAUACACUAUUAUGCAUACUAUUAUGCAAUUUGGAUUACAUGCCUCGAUUAUUCAUUCAUUACAUCCAUAAUAUACGUAUAAAUUGUUGAAUAACUAAAAGAAUAGGUUCCUUUGCAUUUAGCAAUGUGGUCGAUUUGAUCAGGAAUUAUUUUUUAUAUAGUAUGACAAAAGAGUAUCUGUACUCUGUACUCAAUCAUAAAAGCAAGCAAUAUCUAGCUUGUCUGUUAUAAGAUUUCCCUACCAUGUUGAGUAAUCCUGGUGUCAAGCUACAGAUUAAGCUAGUCAAUUUUAUUGCUCUUUCUGUUGAAGAAUUGAUUAAAAACUAUUAUUAAGCUAUAUGAAAAGUAGAAUCAGACAUUAGAAUCAACUUAUUAUUAGUUUUGAAUAAUUAUUUUUGUUUUCUACCAUGGCCAGGGCCAUCUAAGCUCAUAAAUAGAAACUUCUGUACUCCAUACAAUCAUCUAGUUGUGAUGGUUUGUUUCUGAAACUAUAACCUAUUCAAGUCAAUAGAUAGAUUUGAUAACUAAAUGAAGUAUUGUGUUAUACCCUACGAAAACUUUCAAAACUCAAAGCCUUAAAAUCGUUAAAACAAUUACCUUACUUUAGGUUCAUGUUCUUCUCCGUUUUAAUUAGUUUCUGUAGUGAUGGAAUGGCGCAGCAAACAAAGUUAAGCCUUGAAAGUAGUUACAAUAAAAAUCUUAUAUAUUUACUUGGAAUGAUAGUGUGACAAUUUAGAACUAAAUGUGUGUUGCAAUAAAAACAACUUCAUAUUUUUCAUUUGAACACCAACAAUUAAUUGUAAAAUUCUCAAUAUAUUUAGUGCUAAUCUACAAAUUUACACAAAACGAUUAUUCAUUACUGUGAUUUAUUUCCUGUUUAAGUUCAAUAAAAUCCUAUAAAAUGAAAAACAUAUUUCACAAUCAGUGUGACAUAUUGUUCUUGAUCAUGUGUAAUGUUGAGAAUUUAGAUUAAACAAAUAUAUGCCUUAAGUGCAGUGUAAUAAUAUAUUUUGUAUACUUUUCAUCGAUAGAAAUACACUUAGUUUCAGUUAUUAUUAUCACAGUUCCAACUUGAAGUAAUGCAUUCAGAAUUGGAGGAUUUCAUCAUUAGCUUUUAGAAUAAACGCCAUUAGAGCCUUGUUAACUUAAUUUUAAGUCUGCAUUGAAUAAGAUUACUGUAAUUACAAAUUGGAUCAUCAAUAAUUUGCAAAGAUAUAGUGAGUCUUCCACAAAACCAAGACAAACAAAGUUUCGGAUAUAUUAUUAAGAAGCUUAGAGAUUUAGAAAUAAAAUUAUUUAGUUAGAAAUGAACACCAAUAUUGAUAAAUCUUAAUGUUUUAUAUAUGUUUGUGUAUUGUCCUGUUCAUUGUCCAUUUAGUUCGAAUCAAUAGUUUAUCUCGUAAUAGAAGAGUUUUUUCAGUCGUUGAAGUUGUCUUCCUGAAACUUAGCAUGCAAUGCAAUCGAGUAAACCCCGUUACAUACACAAAUACCGAUAUUUUGUUCAAAGUGUCUCUAUAGUAUUACAACUUUUUCAUUAAUUUAUGCCUCUAUUACUGUAUGACAUAAGGACAAAAACCUCUAUAAUGCUCAUUUUUGGGCAGCGCCUAUAUACGUUAUAAAACAAAUAGAAUAGCAUAGAAAUGAACUUUAUUCAACAAAACAAUUCAAACAGUUCUCAAUGUAGAAAACAAAGAAAAAAUUGGGAUCUUUUCUAUUAUAAUACUUAACUCUUGAGACAAAGAAAAAGCUUUCAUAAAUUAUAUAAUACAGUAAUAAUAAAAAAAUAAUAUAUAAAAUUGGUUUGGUUUGCGAUUCAUAACAAAACAGACUGUCUUUGAAAGAUUAGAUUUUAAAUGUAAAAUAUUGAACUCUCACCUGAUUCAUAUGAGGAUAGAGAAAAAAAAUUAAUAAAUAAAAUACACCCGUUUUUAUCUAAUUAAUAUUACUGUUAUAUGUGAUGGAUGCUCGAUAACUUCUAUAACAUGUACUUUAGUAAAGUUGGCAUUCGAUAGCUCGUAGCUUCUAAAACCGACAGUGACUCAGACAUUAAUGGAACACAUUGAACUUUUUACACCCUUCUCGAGCCACAUUCAAGUCGAACAUUUGAUUAAUAAAUGUUUCUCCCGCCUUAUACUUUUCAAUAC